AGAAUUUUACGCCAACGCAAAUGUCGCCCGUCGGAUUGAGUCAAAUUGUUUUCUCAUAAUAUUUAUUUCUCUUGAUUAACUCUCGAAGCCUUGGCACUCCAAAAUUUUUACGGACAUGUGAUCUGAUUUAGAACAAUUUAGUGGAUUAAAUUACGUUUUACUAGCAUAGACAUAGUGAACAAAUGCUUCCGUAAAGUCGGCGUGUUAGGUUAAAGAAUAGUUUGUUAAACCUAACGUAUGGACAGUUGUAUUGAAAAUAAGACUGUUUUUAAGUGUUUAAAGUGUAAAUUUAGCACGUAAUACAGCAAUACUCGUCUGGAAAGAAAAAUGGGUCUGAUUAUAUCUAGAUUUCGACGCAAGAAAUCAACAACAGACAUUCUCGAAAACCUUGAAACUCAGAUAAAAUCCAUCGAGCAAGAUGGACAGUACAAGGAGGCGACACAUAAACGCGUCAUCGGCUACGUCAUGGCAUACAGUGUGGCCUUGUACCUGUUGUUCGCUGUAUUGUACUACUUCAUGUACGCGGGCAGGAGUCAGAACUGGCUGCAUUCGGUGCUGCACGCCUCCCCGCUGCUCAUCCUGCCAGUGCUUGUCAUAUUCCUUCGGUCAGCAAUAUCGUGGUACUACAACUGGUCACUGAACAAGAACAGAGCGAAACUAAGGAAGAUGAGAGAAGAGAAGAAGAAGAUUCUAGAAGAUGUCAUGAACACUGAGACUUACAAAGUGGCGAAACAAAUCUUGGACAAAUAUGGCAGCCCCGACGACCAAUCCAUAGCAAUCAAACCAUUCGCACCACGCACCGUCCAAGGAAACUCAUCUGACUCAGCAGGGCCACCUCCACAACUCCGACAAAGGCUGGCCAUCCAGAACUCUUCCACUCCUAUAUCCAGCAACAACAUGAUAGUGCCUGUCAACUCGGCUGUCACUGUUUACAAAGGACCUAGGUUAACUUCGACGCAUCUCCCCCGGCCUUUGCCCGACAGGAAUCGGUCGGCCUUGGACAAAGUGGUGGACUACUUACUCAAAGACGGCCCCAACCAUCGCAUGGCGCUCAUAUGUUCCGCAUGCCAUGCGCAUAAUGGUAUGGCAAUGGCGGAGGAAUUCGAGUUCGUAUCAUACAUAUGCGCAUACUGUGGCCACAUGAACGCGGCCAGGAAACAAAGACCGACCGCGCCGCCACUCACACCCGUACGCGCGUUGCCGCCCGCGCCACGUCGGCCUCUAGAAGGUGCCGGUGAUGACUCUCCAUCAGCCAGCUCCGGUAGUGAUAGUGAAGCCGAGAGAAAUGAUAAUAUCAUUGAAAAUUGCGCAGACAAGCCCAAUCGUCCCCCCACUCCAACGGAGGGGGAACCGAAGACCGAGGAAGAGAAAAAAGAAGACUGACGUGAAACUUGUUAUUUAUUGCAAUAGAAGUAACUGCGCUUGCGCACUGUACCCGUCCGAAUCCGAGAAAAUACUGAUAGAAUAAAUUCGGUCAAGUGCGAGUCUGAUUCGUACAGGAAGGGUUCCGUACCAUAUUUUAAGAAAAAAUUUCACAUAAAUUUUAAUGGCCAAUUUAAAUUUUUUAUCAUUUG